AUGACGGAAAAAGGUGUACAUACCGAAGAGAAAGAAGCAAAAGUCUCAUUUAUUCAGUUAUUCCGUUUUGCAACUACUACCGAUAAAAUAUUAAUAGCUCUUGGCAGCAUCGGUGCUGCAGCGAACGGAGCUGCGCUACCCUUAAUGACCAUCGCUUUUGGUGGAAUAAUUACAGCAUUCGGCGUGUUUUCUAUUGGAGUCACUCAAACUACCGAUAAAGAACAGCUUGAUGCGUUAGGAGAUCAAUUGAAAGACACAGUUAGGGACAAAUUGUAUUAUUUUAUUGGUCUCGGCGCUGCUACUUUUAUAUUAAGCUAUUUGCAAAUGGCAUUUUGGAUGGUUGCUGGCGAGAACCAAGCAAAGAGAAUCAGAGAAAAAUACUAUGCAGCGAUUAUGCGACAAGACAUUGCUUUUUUCGACGCUAUCAGCACUGGGAAUGUAACUAGCCGUAUUUCCGGAGAUAUAUCAUUACUACAGGAAGGCAUUGCCGAAAAAGUCGGAUUAAUUAUUCAAUAUAUUACAACCUUUAUUGCCGGAUUCGUUAUAGCAUACACCAAACAAUGGAAAUUAUCGCUUGUUCUAACCGCCGCGCUCCCAUUACUCGUUGCUGCCGCGGGCCUAAUGUCUAAAAUUCUAGCCGCAGCAAGUAAGGAUAGUCAAGAUGCCUACGCCGCCGCUGGUGCUGUUGCCGAACAAGCAUUCUCCAGCAUUAGGACUGUCGCAGCGUUUGGUGGAGAAGAACGUGAAACUCAGCGAUACGUUAGUAAACUAGACAAGGCUUAUCAAGUUGGGAAGAAAAGAGCGUUAGUUAACGGUAUCGGCAUGGGUUCAAUUAUGUUUACGAUAUUCGGAACUUAUGGUUUGGCAUUUUGGUAUGGUGCUACUCUCAUAGUUAACAACGAAACGAAUGGUGGAACAGUGCUGAACGUAUUCUUUGCCAUUAUUAUCGGUGCUAUUCAACUGGGACAUGCCGCCCCUAAUUUCGCUGCUAUCGGACACGCUCUUGGUGCCGCCGCCAAAUUGUACGAGGUGAUCGACCGUGUUCCCAAGAUCGAUUCCGAAUCCACUGAAGGAAUGAAAUUGGCCAAAGCGAACGUGGUUGGAAAGAUAGAAUUUAAGAACGUCGAUUUUCACUAUCCCCAAAGACCAGACGUUCCGAUACUGAAGAAUUUCAAUUUAACAAUACAACCCGGUCAAACCGUCGCACUCGUUGGAAGUUCGGGAAGUGGAAAGAGCACCAUUGUUAGUCUGUUGGAACGCUUUUAUGAUCCAAUAAACGGGCAAGUAUAUCUCGAUGGGGUGGACAUAAGAAAUAUCAACAUUAAAUCGCUUAGAAGUCAAAUCGGUCUUGUGGGACAGGAACCAGUUUUAUUCCCAACGAGCAUCGCCCAGAACAUCGAAUGGGGUGCCAUACCCGACGAAAAGGGACCUACAAUGGAUGAGAUAAUUGAAGCGUGUAGGAAGGCCAACGCACACGAAUUUAUCGAAGAAUUGUCUGACAAGUACGAUACAGAUGUUGGCGAAAAGGGCUCUCUUCUCUCCGGUGGGCAAAAACAACGCAUUGCUAUUGCUAGAGCAUUAAUAAAAGAUCCACGAAUUCUUCUUCUGGAUGAAGCCACUUCUGCAUUAGAUACUGAAUCCGAACGGUUGGUUCAAACCGCUCUCGACGCUGCUGCUACAAACAGGACGACUGUGGUUGUUGCUCACCGAUUAUCAACAAUUAAAAACGCCGAUUUGAUUGUUGUCAUGAACAAGGGUGAAAUAAUCGAAAUGGGAAAACACGACGAGUUGAUUUCCAAGGAGGGCGUCUAUUAUAAAAUCGAAGAGGAAGCAAUCGAAAAAAGCAAAAACAAAAAGACGCCUCUCGGUCGUAUCUUCCGAUUGAACCGACCAGAGGCUGGUAUUAUGGCUAUCGGUGCUGUUGGUUCUAUUAUAAAUGGAGCAAUAAUGCCGCUAUUCUCUCUCGUGUUUUCUACCAUCCUCAAUAUAUUUUCUCACGUUGACGACCUUCAUAAAAUGCAACACGACGCUAAUUUCUGGGCUGGCAUGUUUGUUGUGUUGGCGGGAACAGCAUUCCUUGCUAACACCGCGCAACAAGGUCUAUUCAUACUAUCCGGCGAACGUCUAACUCGAAGAUUGCGUAGGCUUACGUUUACAGCUCUCAUUAAACAAGAGAUUGGUUUCUUUGAUGAUGAAAAUAAUGCAACUGGAAUACUCACCUCGAAGUUGGCUGUCGAUGCAUCUCGGGUAGAAGGCCUUACCGGUAGUCUUAUGGGCACUAUUCUUUCGACCGUCUCUAGCAUAGUGAGUGGACUAGCAAUUGCGCUGUCUGCUGGAUGGAAGCUGGCCCUAGUCGUCAUAGCGGCAUCGCCUGCUAUAGUUGCAUCCGGCGCGUUGCAAAUGAAGUCGUUGGCGGGAUACGGAAACCAGACACGUAAGGCGUACGAUAAAUCGGGACAAGUGGUACAGCAGAGCGUGUCUAACAUGAGAACCAUCGCUGCAUUGACAAGAGAAGAAACAUUCAAGGAUUUAUAUAACAGAGCCAUUUUGGAACCACAUAGGAUAGCAGUGAAGGGUAAUUACAUAAGCUCUCUUGGAUUUGGAUUGUCUCAAGGUCUCUUGUUUUUCGUAUGGGCUCUUGCGUUCUGGUACGGAAGUCGACUCGUGAGCAGUCUUGAAUACACACAGUCGCAGAUGUUGCGCGUAUUGUUUGCGGUAGUGUUCUCGGCAAUGUCGCUUGGACAGAUGUCUUCGUUUGCCCCAAGUUCAGCGAAAGCCAAGGUGGCUGCUAUCAACGUGUUGGAGAUUCUAGAUCGUAAAAGUCUUAUUGACGCGUCAGAUGUUGAGGGCAAAGAAAUGCCUGCUCCUAUUACCGGUACAUCGUCUAUCUCGAAUGCCGUGUUCAACUACCCAGCUAGACCGGAUGUGCCUAUAUUGAGAGGAUUAAAUAUAGAUAUAUUGGCAGGAAAAACCAUCGCUCUCGUUGGUCCAUCUGGUAGCGGAAAAAGCUCGACCGUGUCGCUAUUGUUGAGGUUCUAUGACGUCUUAUCAGGAAGCGUAAACGUGGAAGGUGUCGAUGUGAAAGAUAUGAAUUUACAAUAUCUUAGAUCGAAUAUAGCAUUAGUAGGACAAGAACCGGUAUUGUUCGACUUGACUAUUGGCGAAAAUAUAGCUUACGGAAAAGAAGGAUGCAGUCAAGAGGAGAUAGAGCAAGCAGCAAAAGCAGCCAAUAUUCAUAACUUCAUAAUGGGUCUUCCACUCAAGUACGAUACACGAGUCGGUGAGAAGGGCACACAAUUGUCAGGAGGACAGAAGCAGCGUAUAGCUAUCGCACGUGCAUUGAUUCGUCACCCAAAGAUUCUUCUUCUAGACGAGGCUACGUCUGCACUAGAUAGUGAGAGCGAGAAAGUUGUGCAGGAUGCGCUCGACAAGGCAUCAACUGGACGUACUACCAUCACGAUUGCCCACAGAUUAUCAACUAUUCAAAAUGCAGAUUUAAUAUUAGUAUUAAAGAAAGGAAAAGUGGUUGAGCAAGGUACACAUCUACAAUUAGUUGACAUGAAAGGACUAUAUUACGAUUUAGUUACCAAACAGGCAUUAAUAAAUAAGGAAAGCACAUAG